CCAAAAGCAGUCCCUCUGAUGCUGGGCUUUGACUCUGUCUCAAGUUGUAAAUAAGGUCGUCGCUCACAAUGACUUCGACGACCACAAUUGAGCUGGCCAACGCGCCGGCAACACCUCUGCCAGAGCUAUCCAGUUCCUCUUCGGCAUGUUCACCGCAGCCGCAACAGACAAUCUUUUCGUCCGAGACCGAGCAGCAUGAGGACCUCUCCCGAGGCAAGACGGUGGUCGUCAUCUCGUCGGUGACGUGCAUCACCGGCGUCAGCUCCCUCCUGGCCGGCAUCGUGACCGUCUGUAUCCCGGCCAUGGCCAGAGACGUUAACCUCGAGAAUAACCUGUUGUUAUGGCCGUCCUCCGUUUACGCCCUGACGUGCGGAUGCACCCUCCUGCUAUCCGGCGCCAUGGCGGAUCUCUUCGGCGCUCGGCAGCUCUAUCUCCUGGGUUGCUUCUUCCAGUCUGUCUUCACGCUCGCCUGCGGGCUGGCGAGGACGGGGAUCCAACUGAUCCUGUUCCGCGCUCUCGCCGGCGUGGCCAUCUCCAUGUGCCUGCCGUCCGCCGUGAGCAUCAUCACGCACGCGUUCCCAGCCGGCCGGCGGAGGAACACGGCCUUUGCCUCGAUGGGUGGGGGCCAGCCGAUCGGCUUCUCCAUCGGGCUCAGCAUCGGCGGCGUCUUCACGGACACGAUCGGCUGGCGGUGGGGGUUCCACAUCGCCGCCAUCAUCAACACGGUCAUCUUCCUCGUCGCGCUCAAGUGGCUGCCCGGCCUCGGGAGUAGGGAGGCGGUGACGUGGCACCGCUUCAGGACCGAGGUCGACUGGAUUGGGGCUUUCCUCGCCAGCGGCUUUCUCUCGAUGAUCUCCUACGUGCUUGCUGUCAUCACCGACAGCACGCACGAAAUGGAGAAGGCCGAGAACAUCGCCCUGCUUGUCAUCUCGGCGUCUCUCGCCGGCGCGUUCGUCGCCUGGGUGGAGCGACAAGAGCGCCUGGGGCGGCCGGCCAUCAUCCCCAACUCGCUCUGGAAGAACCGCAGCUUCAGCAGCAUCUGCCUCAGCGUCUUCAUGGUAUGGGGCGCCUUCAACGCGACGGAGCAGCUGAGUUCCUUCUACCUGCAGUACGUGCAGCGGCUCUCGGCCACGAACACCUCGGUGCGUUUCCUGCCUGCACCCAUGGGCGGCGUGCUGGCCAGCAUCGUCGCCGGGCUCGUCGUGCACCGCGUGCGGGCGGACCUCGCGAUCCUCGUCGCCGUGGCGCUGUCGAGCCUGUCGUCUGUGCUGAUGGCCGUCGCCGACCCGGCGUGGUCCUACUGGCUCUGCGUCUUCUGGGCCAUGUUGAUGAACGCCAUCGGCGCCGACAUGCUCUUCACCAUCUCGAACCUGCUCAUCACGUCUCUAUUCCCGGCGCGGACGCAGGGGGUCGCUGGGGGCGUCUACAACACCAUCGCGCAGAUCGGCAAGAGCGUCGGGCUGGCGUCGUCGGGGGCCAUCGCGAGCGCCGUCACGGCGCGGUCCGGCGUGGCGAACAAGGCGAGCCCGGCGGCACUGCUGGAGGGGUACCGGGCGUCUUACUGGUAUUGCCUCGGCCUGUACGGCGCAACCUUGGUUGUGACGGUAUGGGGACUAAGGAAGAUUGGCAAAGUUGGCGUCAAGAAGGAGUGAACAGUGACUGACCUCUACGUCACUCAAACCAUCUGCUGCUUGUGUGCGUGUGCUAGUCCAGCUGUGUUGAUUCUGGGCAAUUCCUGACGACACUCGCCUCAUGAGGGCGAUAUCAUAUACCACAAAUUAGAUAACUACGCAGCCAAGGCGGUUCGUGUUCAUUCUGAAUCAUGUCACGAACGCGGUCGAUUUUCCCAGUAGGCCAACUUGUCUGGAGGCAGAAAUCAAUAGGAGCCAUGUAAUUGAAGCCAUUGACAGUUGGGAGACUGCCUUAUCGUUGAACCUUUUUCUGAAUCACUCUAGAGCUCUUGGAGAGCACUAUGAAAAAGCAGUCUCACCCUGGGCCUAGGGGUCAACCGCACUCAGAUAAUACGCAGUUUAAAUAAAGAUGCCUCACACAACUGCUUUCCUUGGUACCACUUAGUUGUGACCAAAGCAGGUAUGAAUGAACGUUUGAACCAGUCUGAGUCUGCAAACUUGAGGGAAAUUGAGACAACGCAAGUGGUGGCGUGUAAAACAUCAUAUCCGCCUGUAUCGGACAUACGUUUUCUGAUUCUCACAUAGAACAUUCAGCUUCCUAAAAUCCACCUCCCUUGGCGGGCAUUUUGCUCACGACUGUCCCAUUUAGCCUGGAAAGCAAACGCAGUCUGGCGAGGCUGAGGGAUUUCAGGCAGCCUGUCUCUUUCGGAUAUCUUCGCCUAGGUCCUUCUUGUUCUUUCUGCAGUACGUGAGACCAUCUGUUGCCCUCGUCCAGGCACACGGAAUUUGCCCGAAUCUCAAUACAAGAUGCACGCUUCGUAUUCAACGAAAACGCAACAUCCAUGUCGACAUU